AUCUUGAAUUUCAAAAUGGCCGCCAUUCAAAUCCAUUAUCCAUUACCGAUAACUUCCUAUAAAUUAAUGUCGUUCAAACGUUCCUCUGCAACACACAAAUACACCGCACGCACGCAGCUGUGCAAAAACAACUAGCAUAUAGAGACAAUAUAGAACUAUAGAACAAUAGGAAUAUAGAACAAUCGAAUAUAGAAUAUAGAAUAGAAUUUAAAAACAACUCUAUAUUAUAGUUGUUUGAGCACAGCGGUGGUGGCAGCUGACAUACAUUCCUGGUGGUUUCAGCUUAUGGUACGUGGUGCUAGAGAUAUAAUACAUACUGUUCUCAAGUAGCAUAGUGAAUUGAGGGACAAUGGCGAAACUAUUCAAGGUGGUGGACCAUAAUGAGCCUGGAACAUCAGGCACAAAGUGCCUGACCACAGACUGGAACAAAUGUGUUCUGUGUCAGGAAGGCAGAGAUGAGAUGCUGAAAUGUCCAUCUAAUUCAGCACGUGCCACAGGUUGCGCAGGAUACAAGAACAUAGCCGAGCAUCUUGUAGCCUUCGACAAGAUCAGUUGCUUGCCACCAACACUAAAACUGUCACAACUGGAUGAGGGUCAGGGCAUCGAGGCAGCAUUCCGGCAUCACAAAGCCAAAUGGCACGACUCCUGCAGACUGCAAAGUUCACCCGCCAGAGCAAUGAACAUGAACAUUGUUCAACAGAUAUAUGCUUCUUCUGUGGCAAACCUGCAGCAGAAGAUGCUUUGCGAAAUGCAUCAACAUUCGAACUUGACAUUCGUGUGAGGCAGUGUGCCCUAAAAUUACAGGACAAACCACUCCUAGCCAAACUCAGUGCUGGAGACCUCAUUGCCCAGGAGGCUAAGUACCACGCUCAGUGUCUUGCCUCUCUGUAUAAUAAAACAAGGGAAACGAAAUCACAAGAAUCGAAUGUAGACGAUGUUAACCAUGGCAUUGCAUUCGCUGGACUUGUCACCUAUAUAGAGGAAGUGCGCAUGGACAAUCUUGUUGCACCAGUAUUCAAGCUAACAGACCUGGUGAAUCUGUAUAGUACCAGGCUGGCUCAACUGGGCACGCAUGUGACAGGGCGUGUACAUUCCACCCAACUCAAGAACAGGAUACUGAGUUACUUCCCAGACAUGGACGCUCACAAGCAAGGUCGUGAUGUGAUUCUCGUAUGCAAUGGAGAUAUUGGUGCUGCAUUGGGGAAAGCAUGUGGGCGCGAUGCUGACAAUGAGGCAGUUCUUCUGGCCAGUGCUGCUAACAUAGUUAGGAGAGACAUGUUCAAGAUGAAGCAAGACUUCCGUGGCUCAUUUGAUGCCCAUUGCCAGGAAGAGUUAGUGCCGGUUUCACUCUUGGCACUAGUUUCCAUGGUGUUGUAUGGCCCAAACAUCACAACCCAGUCCAGCUCUGUGUUUACGCCUCAACCAGCCCUCACCCUCUCACAGCUACUAAUGUACAACAGUUUGGUAUGCCAGAGGGAGAUCGCCACCACAAAUAGACCCACCACUUGGCACAGCCAAGACCGGGAGACACCAUUGCCCAUAUACCUGGGCAUCAUGAUCCACACGAAGACCCGCAAACGCGCCCUUGUGGACACCCUCUUUGACCUGGGUCUGUGCAUUUCGUAUGAUCGGGUGCUGGACAUCUCCACAGAACUUGGAAACAAGAUCUGUCAAUAUUAUGAAGUGGAAAAAGCUGUCUGUCCUCCUCAACUCAAGGGUGGCCUGUUUACAACUGCCGCAGUGGACAAUAUUGACCACAAUCCCAGUUCUACUAGUGCAUACGACUCGUUCCAUGGAACUGGCAUCUCCCUCUUCCAACAUCCCGACGACGCUUUCACUGGUGUUCAGCGGAAUGUUGCUACCAAUCCAGACAACACUCAGAGAAGUCCCAAAAGAAAGCCAGCUCAACUGCCAGACACGUACACCAAUGUGCCCCCUGUUUCUAUGCUCAGACAGGAUCCUCCUGUACCAAAGGUGGAGGGACCCAACAAAGCAGACUGUCUGCUGAUUCCUGAAGCCAGAUUGCAGAAAGAGUACAGGUGGCUCGAGCAGAUGAAGACAGUGCUGGCCACUGACACCCUCCAAAAAGAUGAAACCCAAGUGUUCUCACCAUACAUCCUGUCUCAGCUGCAGCAUGUCAGCAGAGUGGAUGUCGUGUGGGAUGAAUAUCUCCCUGAAAGUCUGAAGACCGAAAAACGAGAGCAAGAGAGGGAAGAGAAUGCUGCGAGGGAAGGGUAUACCAAGGUGUCAAUACGCACAGUUGACACGGAUGUGCUAGUACUGGCAGUGACAGCAGCCCAACGCCUCAACAUCACUGAGCUGUGGGAUGCCUUUGGAGCUGGAAAGAGUUUUCGACAUUUAGCAGCUCAUGAGAUGGCGAGAGCACUAGGUCCGGAACGAUGCAUAGCCUUACCAAUGUUCCAUUCCUUUACUGGAUGUGACACAGUAUCAUCUUUUGGUGGCAGGGGGAAGAAGACGGCGUGGGAUACAUGGACGACCUUUGAUGACGUCACUAGAGCCUUCUGUGUCUUGGCUGCCACCCCAGAAGCCAUAGAAGACUGGAUGGGGCCUCUGGAGCGAUUCGUGGUGACUGGGGGUGGAAGAGGAAGAACACAGGUGGAUGGGAAGUUCACUGGACCACACUACCAGAAGCGACCCAGGCCUGUCGCGGACUCCUCCGCUGUAGAUGCAAAAAGGGGUGCAGAGGAAGGUGCAAAUGUGUCAAGGCAGCACUUCAGUGCACUGCCCUUUGCCUCUGUGGUGGACUCUGUUCUCAGAAGUAACAUUGCAAUUCAUUGA